AUGCUGUCGUGGCUCUCCGGGUUGCAGUAUACACGUGUUGCUGACAAGCUGCCUGAGCACUGCAAGGGGUUGCUCAACCGUUGUUGCCACGACGGCGACAUCCCCAACAAGGAGGACCCUGUCAUGGCCAAGUGCAUUGAGAGCCUGCCACUCACUAUCGCCAGAACAUGUUCACGCUCCACCACCCUGCUCACCGCCAUCCAUGGCAACGGCCACGGCUUCGACCUCGCCGCCUACCCAUAUUCGGUGGAUUUCUCCAACAACCGUGCCAGGCUCCACUACCCAGCUGACCCUGACGCACUGCUUGAUAUGCUACGUGAUGUAGUAUGUCGCUUGUGUAGAGUGCUCCACUUCCUGUACUCCCAGUGCUGCCGCAGCACCGCCCGGGUCAAGGGGUGGCGGGAGUGCGCGUACGGCCGGCAGGUGCAAUCACACCACUGGCAGUGUAAACAAUUCACUACUUACUCUAGUACCAGUACAACUGCUGCGACUACCACUACCAGUUCCUCCACCUCCACCCACGGCUGCCCGCCCACUUCGCCGCUCCAGUCGUUCCUCUCCGACCGCUGUCAAGGCCUUCUGCCGCAUACCCUCACUGCAUCUGACAUGACCAUUGAAUGUACCAACUGUGCCGCCAACCAACCCGGUCAGCAGUGCCUCACUCCGCUCGGCUUCUGGGACCUUGGCUUCGCUGCCUCCAUAAGUGGCACUGGCUGGGAUCUCGCCAAGCGCCUCGGAGAUAUGUGCCGUGACGCCGACUCAUGCCUGUUAGUGCUCUGUCGGACUCUGUCCUAUCUAUGCCCCGCCGCGCCCUCAUCACUGGCCGACGUGUUUGCAUUGUAUGCUCAGGUGCUACGGCAGUGGGACCAUCAUGACCGUGUUAGGCACCGUGGCGGCACUUACAGCGCCGCCGCCGAUUUCAUAUCGCAUCUCAACACCGACGGCAUCGACAGCCUCUUCCCACUGUGGACACAGCUCCACGGCAGCUAUGAAACUCACAGACUUACCACCGCCAUUGCAUCGCUCGCCGGGCAUGACCACAAAAGUCACGAUGCGCUGUCAAGCCUCUUCAACGACACCACUUGCAAGUCACCCCGUGGCUGCGCUCCCUACCUCCAACCCCUAGGACUCCACGCCUGUCACAGCUACCCGCCGAAGCACGCCGGGCUAUACGUCACGUGGACAAUCUACCUGGCAUGGCAGUUCUGGGAGUUGCUGGCAUCGCUGCUACACGCGCUGGGCAACAUCGACUGCACGGCUUCUGGCUGCGCCACAUGCCCCUGUAAACCUGGCACCCACGGCGGGAAGGACGCCUGCCACUGCCAAUCACUUGUCAAGUGCGGCGGACCACUGCCCACUUUCUACCGCUACGGAUUCACGUAUCGCAACGCAAAUCUCCUGGUCACCGACAACUAUGCCAUGCGCUGCGGAGACCUCAACACACAACUCAGACAAGUGCUGCACUCAGACCACUUCACCGAAUUGUUCCGGCGAAUAGACCAACUCAUAUGGCACAUCCGGAUGCCUUUCUUCUAUAGCCUGGUAGCACUAUGGUCUCUCGUGGCGCUGUACAUACUCCACACAUUCCUGUACCGCAUGGACAUCAUACGCAUCACGUCACAUCUACUGACCACCAAGGCCUCCCAUCUCAUCGACGUCAAGGCAAUACUCACUAAAGGCGGGAAGAUGCUAUCACUGUAUGACGCCAGUUAA